UCAGAAGCAAAGCCGCCUGCGUGGAGGGCUGGGCGCGAGAAUCGGCGGGAUGGACAAAUACCAUAACGUCAGAAGGAAGAAGGAGGACAGAGAAGACAGAGACGCUCUUGGAGCGGUACAGCGACAUUCGUCCUAACGUAUCACAUUUUCUUUUGCUCCCGUAUUUGGACUGACCCGUAAAGAAGCGCUAGCGACGGUGGAUUUUGUUUAAGAUCCCUGAACAAAAGGACAGUCCGGCAUUUUGGAGCGCAAUAUUCGGGACAUUACAGUACAGCAGCGCAUAGACACAUGAAUCCAGUAAUGUCUGGCUUGUAUGGAAGAAUGAUGGUCAUGUUAGGAUUUCUGAAGCGCUACUGAGUACUGGAUCCUUGUUAUUGCACGCUAAACCAUCCUUACGACUGUCAUGGACAACGUGAAGACACACAGCAAUGAUGAAGAUGAGGAGCUUCACUCCACAGACCCUGAAACUAAGGAGAAAGGAAAAGACAAAAAGGCUCUGUCUAAAAUAAAGUGGUCUCGUGAUGAGGAUGAGAAACUGAAGAAGCUCGUGGAGCAGCACGGCACAGACUCCUGGAAAUUGAUUGCUAACUACUUCCUGGGGAGGACAGAUGGCCAGUGUCAGCACCGCUGGCAGAAGGUGCUCAACCCUGAACUGGUGAAAGGACCCUGGACAAAAGAGGAGGAUCAGAAGGUCAUCGACCUGGUGCACAAAUAUGGCCCCAAGCGCUGGUCCGUGAUCGCGAAGCACCUCCAAGGCAGGAUUGGGAAGCAGUGCCGUGAACGCUGGCACAAUCACCUCAACCCAGAGGUGAAGAAGUCGUCCUGGACUCAAGAGGAGGACAGAAUUAUCUACGAAGCCCACAAGAGGCUGGGCAACCGUUGGGCGGAGAUCUCCAAACUUCUUCCUGGCCGGACGGACAAUUCCAUCAAAAACCACUGGAAUUCAACCAUGAGGAGGAAAGUGGAACACGAGGGCUAUUUGCAGGACGGAGGCAAGAGCUUCACCUCCUCUCACUCUGGAACGAAGAGGCGACCUCACUCCCAGUGUCCUGUAGCAUCGGAGGCCCAGCCGUGCGACCGCAGCCCGCUGCCUGUGACGGGAGCCAGCCAGAUACCAGGAUAUAACUUCGAUCCUCACGGUCAUCCCAUGAUGGACAGUCUUCUUGACAAUCCUGACUUCCUGCUGUCGUCGUGCCCGGAUGACCCCGACAGAGAACAAAGAAUUAAGGAGCUUGAGCUGCUGCUUAUGUCAGCAGAGAAUGAAGUCCAACAACAAUGCAGAGGUCCACGUGGCAUGGAACCCUACUCUUCCUGGUCUGACAGCAUGUCUGACGACACACUGACCACAAGCAGCAGCAGCCUGGAGGAGCAGGCGGAGAGAAGACAGUGGAGGGACCCUGACACACGCCGGGCGCCGCCGCCACGACUCGCUGUCUCCCCCAGCAAGUUCCUGUCUGUGGAGGCCAGUUCCGUUCUCUCCACUCUGCAGUCCAUCCCAGAUUUUGCUGAGACGAUGGAGCUCAUGGACUCCGAGCAUGUUCCAUGGAACGACGCCGGCACUUUUGGCUCGCCCCAACAUAACCAGCCGGGAUACAGCGCCCUCUCGCAGGAGAAGACUUCUGACAAUUCAUCAGACGCCGCCAGCCUGAGCACCUUCAAGCUGUCUAAGCCCACCCUGACAUCCACAGCGAGAAGAAGAGACAGAGUGGAAUCAUCUCUGUUAUGCGAAAGAAUCUGCUCCUCGUUUUUGGAAAACCUCCCCAACUCUCCCAAGAAAACGCCCACAAAGUCGUUGCCCUUCACUCCAUCACGGAUAUGCAACUUGUCAGACCAUCUGAACCUCGAAAACCCAGCCCUCACAUCCACACCAGUGUGUGGCCAAAAAUGUCUUCUUAACACACCUCUUCACAAAGAGACGACACCGAAGCACCAGAAGGAGAACGAAGGGCCCAGGACUCCGAAGUACCGCAAGACCAUCAUGAUCCCAACACCACGGACUCCGACUCCCUUUAAAAAUGCUUUGGCUGCUCAGGAGAAGAUGCAUGGACCUCUAAGGAUUGAGCCACAGCCGCUGGCAUUCUUAGAAGAAGACAUCCGGGAAGUCCUGAAGCAGGAGACUGGAACAGACAUCUUCAACAGAACAGACUUCCAGACGGACUACAGAAUGUGGAAACACAAUAUGGACGGUCCAGCCAGGAAAGUGCGCAAGUCUCUGGUCCUGGAGCCCUGGGGCAAAGAUCAUCUCAACGUCCAGCUCUUCCAAGAGCAGCUCAACAACGCACAGGUUGCAGAGGAAAGUCUCCUGACAAGCUCCUCUCUCAGUACCAUUGGCCCAGAACAAGAAGAGAAUCAGCAGCCUCUGACCUCAGGGGAGCAGGAGAGCUCUCCGGGGAACCCUCAUCGCCUGUCCAGCCCGAGGGUCAAGAAGCGUCCGUCGCCCAGGAAAGCCUCAAAACAAGUCGCUCAGGUAGAGCAGUUUCAUAUGAGUGUGAGCGUCAGCAAAGAUGUCAACCUGGGUUGCUUUUCUUGGCAGGUGAGCGAAUGGGAAGCUGUGGUUUACGGGAAAACCGAGGACCAGCUGAUCAUGACAGAACAGGCACGUCAGUACCUGAACCCCUACUUGUCAUCAGGGCCCACGUCGAGGGCCCUCGUACUCUAAUGCUCGACGGCUAAACCCGCCGAAGACUGGUGUAAGAGACAAUCCUCCUAACCCUUCAGCCACAGACGUGCACUACGCCAAGGCAGUGGCCCAGUCACUGCCUGCUCCCAACCCACACUGCGUCUUGUCUCCCGUUAGAAUGUGGAGCUAUGUUGGUUUUAUGAAGCGCAGCUGCAGCAACAGUGUUUAUUGCAAGUAUCGUGCUUGGUAUUUAGUUUCAAUAUUUUUACGCUAACUAUCACACUCUAAAACUGCAGGUGUGUAACAAUAUUAACUUGCGCUGUUCCGACUCUGGUUCAAGUCGACGUGUCAUUGUUGCUGCAGGACUGAACUGACUUUGCUCUCAAGCACCGUCCUUUGUGGCAAACUGGAUGAUAGCACUUGUGAUAUGUUAAUUUGUUUAAUCAACGCCUUUCCAAGGCCAUAGCGUCCACUGACACCGGAUCAGUUGAAUGUAUUUUCACGUGGAAAGGUACCUUAAUGUUUACUUUUGUUUGUUUGUUUAUUUAUUAUCUAACCGCUCGAGAUUUUAAUAUAAGACACUAUUCUCAGUAGUUUGCUGACAAAACAGCCUAAAAAAAACCCAUGAAGCAGCAAAGGUUUUUCACGCUGGAUGGAAAGGGUUUGCUUUUUAUGUCAAGGGUGUAGUAUAUUUAUUCAAUGUUUACUGGUUUAUUUAUUUCUGAAAUGAUUAAAAAAACAAAUUUUACGAGAAAUUAUCGAAUAAUUUUAUUUUAUUUCAUCUUUUCUAAUCAGGAUUGGCCAAGUAAAAUCACACUGCCACUGAUUUUUUUAAAAAUCUACAAAUCAUCAUUGUCUAGUGAUGUCUGUCGUUAGCUAGCAUGUUUUUUUAACACGGCAGCAGGGUGCCAUCUCCGACCUCUACUCUUAGACCAAUUGCACUUUUUACUCCAUUGAUCCUAAAUGAUCGUUUAUUCAGAUGUAGCUUUUUGUUGAUCUUUUACUAUUGUGAAUGUGAGCUGCUUGAUUGUUUUGUUGGUUGCAGAUCUGCUGAGGAACCCAGAUGUCCUGAUCGUUUCUCUCGUGCUUUUAUUUUGUUAUUUCCGGUUUUGUUCUGUGUUUCCGUUUCCUUUUUUUCCUCCAUCUUUCUGGCGACGCGAGUUGGCCCCAAGGUGUAGAUACCCAUAAUGUCUUGGUUAGAAGAUAGAAACGGAAGCACAGGACAAAACCGAAACGAAAAUGACACCAGACAUGUUAUCGAUAACUACACACUAGAUUACCAUAUAAAUUCUGUUUUAAUCCUGUUUACAUGCGCUGUGCUUCCAAGGUUGAUCGAGCUCACGAACAUUGAAAAUAUUGGUGGCAUAUCUGCGCACUGAGGUAACAAGACAGCUAUAAAUGCUCAUUGUAUUGUUGGCAUUAGGUAAUCCAGCAUUAGUUAUAAUCUGGAUAAUCCAGCAUUAAGUGUUUAAGAAUCUGUAAGAAGGGAAUCUUGUCAGCCAGAUCGCGUACUCUGAAGAUUCAAACUCUUAAUUGACUGUCGUACGAAUUUAAAGUUGUUGUGUGUCUGCCAUUUUAGGCUGUGUGUUGUAAUCUGUGUAUAUAUAUAUAUGUGUGUGUGUGCAUGAUGUGUGCGAUGGUUUGAUCAAACAUUCCGUGAAGGGACCGAAGAAAGCGAAGGUGAGCAAUGAGCAAUAACCUGAAGAAUAUUAAUACAUUUUAUUUGUAGCAAAAUCACAUCCUGCCGAAUGUUUUUAUGUCUGACUGAAAAAAAAAUAAAUGUAU